GAGACAUUGGCAGCGGAAAAAUAGAGAAACCGAGAGAAAAACCAGACAAGGGAAGGGGAGGGAGGAGCAGUGACCUGCCACACCACAGUGGUGGGAAGGAAAGGAAACCAACGAGAGGGAGAGAAAGAAAAAAAAAAACAGGCCCCCCGAUCUCCUCCUCCCACUCCGAUCGCCCUACCGAUCGCCGCCUCGUGAAGCUUCCCUGUACCCUCCCCGCCGCCCGCGACGCCAUGGAGCCGCCGCACGCCGCCGAGGAGGCCGCUGCCGCUGCCGCUGCAGCAGGAGCAGGAGGAGGAGGAGGAGAGGGCGGCGGCGGCGGCGCAAGCCCAGGCACCGGCCUCGAAGGGCCGAUGCUGAGGCUGGGGCUGGAUGGCGGUGGGGAGGAGGGGGAGGAUGGGGAGCUGGGGGCGGGGGAGGAGGCGGACGCGCGCCUGCCGGAGCGUCCUGGCGAGGCGGACUGCGGAUACUACCUCCGCACGGGCGCCUGCGGCUUCGGGGAGCGCUGCCGCUACAACCACCCCCGCGAUCGCGGCGGCACUGAGUUUGGUGGAGGUGCCAAGAAUGGAGCAGCACAAGACUUUCCAGAACGACAGGGUCAACCUGUAUGCGAGUAUUAUUUGAAGACUGGGACUUGUAAAUUUGGUUCCAAUUGCAAAUAUCACCAUCCUAAGCAAGAUGGAUCUGUGCAGUCUGUUAUAUUAAACAACAAUGGAUUCCCUCUACGCCCGGGUGAGAAAGAAUGCUCCUACUAUAUGAAGACUGGGCAAUGCAAGUUUGGUUCUACAUGUAAAUUUCAUCAUCCAGAAUUUGGUGGUAUUCCGGUGACCCCUGGAAUAUAUCCACCAUUACAAUCAGCGUCUGUGCCUUCCCCCCAUACAUAUGCUCCAAAUUGGCAAAUGGGAAGAUCACCUGCAGUUCCUGGAUCAUAUAUACCAGGCUCAUACACUCCAAUGAUGCUCUCAUCUGGAAUGGUUCCAUUGCAAGGAUGGAGCCCUUAUCCGGCAUCGGUAACUCCUGUAGCAUCAGGUGGAGCACAGCAAACUGUUCAAGCUGGACCGUUAUAUGGUAUAGGGCACCAUGGAUCUUCCACCGCAAUUGCUUAUGGCGGUACAUACUUGCCAUAUUCUUCCUCAACUGGACAAUCGAGCAAUAAUCAUCAAGAGCAUGGAUUUCCUGAGCGGCCAGGGCAGCCCGAGUGUCAAUAUUUUAUGAGGACUGGAGAUUGCAAAUUUGGAAAUACGUGUAAAUAUAACCAUCCGCGAGAUUGGAGCGCUCCUAAGUCCAAUUACAUGUUCAGUCAUCUCUGCCUUCCACUUCGUCCGCUGGAAGGUACAGUUGAAUACAAGCAUGUAGGACGUUAUGUUUCUUUUUUACUCCCUCCAUCCCAAAUUGGUGCUCAGCCUUGUGCGUACUAUGCCCAAAAUGGAUAUUGCAGAUAUGGAGUUGCAUGCAAAUAUGAUCACCCAAUGGGUACACUAGGCUACAGUUCAUCUGCUUUACCCCUAUCUGACAUGUCAAUUGCUCCCUACCCUAUCGGCUUCUCUGUUGCCACGUUGGCUCCAUCUUCAUCUUCCCCAGAAUAUAUUUCAACCAAAGAUCCAUCUAUCAAUCAAGUAGCAUCACCAGUGGCAGCACCCGAACCUGUUGGAGCAAUCUUGCCAAAAGGGGUAUUCCCUCCGGAUACCAUUAUGCGAACUCAGACUUCUACAAGUGUUGGCAGUUCAAGCCCUGGUGGUGGUCGCUGAUUUUUCUGAGCUGGUGGGAGUGAUCCUCUCAGCACAAUUUUUCUAUCACUUGACACAGUUCUGAUAGGCCUCUCCAAUGUGAAUAAGAAGCUGUGGCCUCUGUAGAGAAGCCGCGGUGAGGGUGGUUUUCUCUACCAUCAGAAUAAGAGAGCAUUGAUAGGUUACAAGCAAGCUCGAUUCACUUGCAAUUUUUGCGUUCUUCUGUUCAUGUCCAAAACGGGAAAAGGAAGGUUUUUGAAGGUCAGGUUCCAUAGCAUAUUGGGCGCGGUGGUGAGGCUCAGGUCCGUUCCCUCGGUAAAUAAUUCUCGGGCAAGAAAAUUUUCGUUGUUAUCAAGAAAAUUUUCACAUGCAGAGUUACUGAGUUCCUCCACCUUUCAAAUUUCUUUUUUCUUUUUGUUUUCUGUAUAUUGUCACAUAUAUAUUACAUAUAUAUCAUGAACAGACUUGAGACAUUUAACUACGUAUAUAUAAAUGUUCAUACUGGGAGCAAGACGCAUUGUAAUCGCCAAAAAAAAAAGCUUAAUUGAAGAGAUCUUGCUGUCAGUACUGAAAUGAUUGUAUUGGUGA